AUGAACCUGUAUAUCGCCCAAUCCGUCUUUAUUUACUUGGCACCACCCGUCUACUCAGCCGCCGCAUACAAUAUUGUCGGUCGACUCAUGAACUACGCCCCCAUGCACGCCGUUCUCAAUCUCAAUCGCGUCCUGAUUCUCUUCGUCUACGUUGGCGCCGCUGUUGAAAGCAUCACCGUGGCAGGUGCAGCGAAGAAUGCCGCUGCUGGCACAGAUAUAGACUGA